AUGAUUUUCAAGACUGCUUCUGCGCUAUUGCUCUGCGCCUCUGCGCUCCUCCCCGCUGGAGUCAGCGCCCAUCCUGAAGUUCGGAAGACAUCCGGUUGUGGACUAACGUACGACUUUGCCGGUGAAUCUCGCGAAGUGACUUUCAAGAGCGGCGGCCGUGAUCGCACCUACCGGUUCCAUCUGCCUUCCAACUACGAUCCGCAGAGGGCCUAUCCAGUAGUGAUGGGCUUCCACGGCCGCGGCGGAAGCCCUGCUGGUUUUGAAUCAACCACCGGGUUCUCCAACGAAAAAGCAUACCCAAAUAUCAUCGCGGCCUAUCCAGCUGGCGUCAAUAAAAGCUGGGAGGGUCCAUCGUACGCCGUCCCUGGCGUGAGCGACCUCCAAUUCACCACCGACCUUGUGAACCGCAUGAAGAGCAAGUUCUGCCUCGACGAGGCACGAAUCUAUGCUGCGGGUCACUCCAAUGGUGGAGGCUUUGUCAACACCCUGGCUUGCUCGAACGCCCACGGAAAGCACUUUGCCGCCUUCGCUGGAGCCGCUUCGGCGCUUUACACUGAUUUGACUGGUGAUAACAACUGCAGCCCGUAUAAGUCUCCUCUGCCCAUCCUGGAAUCGCAUGGUACAGCGGACACAACGAUUCCAUACAACGGGGGGAACGGCGCCGGAGGCAAGCUUCCUGCCAUCCCGGAGUGGCUUUCUCGCUGGGUGAGGAGAAACAAAUGUGUGGAUCCCGUUACAACCAAACUUGCAGAUGGAAUUACAGAGCAGAGUUGGACAUGUGGUGGAAUCAAGGGCUUGCAACGUCAUAUCAAGUAUGAGGGACUGAACCAUGAUUACCCUGGGGGGAGCUCCAAGGUUCCUAUUUCUCCAAGAAUGAUGGCAUUCUUCAAUGACCACAAGAAGUAG